AUGGGCGGCAACAAGAAAGAUUCAGAAACCGUCGCCGCCAGAUCAAACGGCAAGUCGACACGGACGGGAACCAACGCACUGAACAUCGCUUCCCCGCCGGGAUCAAGGACACCGCCGAGUAUGCCGUCCAAAAAGAUGCUCUUCUUCCCAGAAACAAUGAGUGGCCGGAAAAAGAGCCAGACCGGACAGGACCUUAUUGAUCCGGACGCUCUCGCGAAGGCAUUGAGGGACUAUGAGGACGCUGGAAAUCGCCGUGAAAGGACACCCGGAACUAGUCCAAGUCGAAAGAGGCAGAGAGUUUACGGGGAUAGGUUUAUUCCGAAUCGUGAUGGUCAAGAUUUUCAGGCGACAUAUAGUUUGCUUCAUGAGGAUGGUUGCCCGUCGACUCCUUCUAAAACGAAAAAGCGCACUCCACAUUCAGAACUCCAUUUUCAAAAGACCGAGGAAGCAAACAGGAUGUACUCGCGAGUGUUGCGGAGUGAACUGUUCGGGAACACCGUCCCCCAACCCGAUUUGGAUUCUUUAGCAGCAGACCCAUUGUCCGGUACUAACGAUAAAACCCGCUCCCAUACACCACCUUCGCACGUUGUCUCCAACCUUCCUCCCGCCAGCAUCACACCAUCCACACCCCACAAAAACCUUUUCACAUACGCCUCCCCGCGCGUCGGAUCAAACCAGCAAACCCCGUCGAAAACGCCUAGAAGCCACCAUGCUCCAAACCUGAAUGUGCGGUCAGAAUUGUACAGUCUGUCUCCAAUACGUUACGAUAGCCAACGUAUUCUGGAAACUCCACGGAAACAACCACGCUACGUGAACAAGGUCCCAUACAAAGUUCUGGAUGCCCCAGACUUACAGGACGACUUCUAUCUGAACCUGGUGGAUUGGGGUAGCAGUAAUGUUCUGGGAGUUGGUUUAGGUAAUUCGGUUUAUAUGUGGAAUUCGCAUUCAGGGCAAGUUACGAAGCUUUGCGAACUUAAGGAUGAUACUGUUACCAGUGUCAACUGGAUUCAAAGGGGGACACAUCUUUCAAUUGGAACAGGGAAAGGUCUCGUUCAAAUAUGGGACGCCGAGCAUUGUCGUCGUCUACGAACAAUGAUUGGUCACACAAAUCGAGUAGGUGCCCUGGCGUGGAACGACCACAUCCUCACGUCCGGAUCUCGAGAUAAAAUCAUCUUUCAUCGUGAUGUCCGUUCUCCCGAUCAACAUAUACGCCGUCUUGCAGGGCAUAAACAAGAGGUCUGCGGUUUGAAAUGGAACACCGAAGAUGGGCAGUUGGCCUCAGGUGGCAACGAUAAUAAACUCAUGGUGUGGGAUAAGCUGAACGAGACGCCGCUGUACCGCUUUUCGGACCACGUCGCUGCCGUUAAGGCCAUUUCCUGGUCGCCUCAUCAACAUCAUCUCCUCGCUUCCGGUGGAGGUACGGCUGAUCGUACCAUCAAAUUCUGGAACACAUCGACCGGAUCCAUGAUUAAGGAAGUUGACACCGGCAGCCAAGUGUGUAACUUGUCGUGGUCGAAGAAUUCCGACGAAAUCAUCAGCACACAUGGUUACAGCCAGAACCAGAUCGUUAUCUGGAAAUACCCGCGCAUGGAGCAGGUCGUGUCAUUAACAGGACAUACGUUCCGUGUUCUUUACCUCGCCAUGAGCCCCGACGGACAAACAGUCGUCACAGGCGCAGGCGAUGAAACACUCCGGUUCUGGAAAAUCUUCAACAAGAGACCUGGAAGAGAACAUGGGCGAGAAGGCAGCAAACUAGCAGAAAUGGGCACGAUCCGGUGA